UCAUCCAGCAUCCAUCAGGAGAUCGACCAGAGGCGCAGUCCGGGAACCGUCAGGAGGAUGAUGGUGAGGCCGUUCCCAACACAGCCCAGUAAAAACAAAGCAUAGAAAUAGCUACUCAUGGUGCGGCGCGGCGCAGCGGGCGCUAGGACCCAGCAGCACCUCGGCCUGCCCCCGCGCUGACGCUCUCCGGGCAGACGUGCAGGUUGAAACGCUGCUCCGGUGCUGAGGCUGAUGAGGGACGGCUCCUGCUCCAUCAUCCGGUAAGACGCGCAGCAGUUUCCCUCUGAGCCCAUUUCUGGUCUGGAUCCCGAACAACACGACCUGACCACAAAGGCGUCUUACUUUUCGCAUUCUCAGCGUUAAUCAAAACGUCCGUCACAUGCGAUUAUUUACCGUCAGUCGGCGUUUUCAUUUCUGGGACGACUGCGUGAGACGCAUCAUGUCGCAAGCUGCGUGAGGUUUUGUUGACGUUUUAGAAGCGACCUCAUCCGGCAGGAAAUGACUGCAGCAGCAUCCAGGCUGCAGGUGUGAGGCUGCGCUCAUCUGACGACUGAAGGUCUGAUAUGCAUCGGGAUAGCCUAGUGUUAGGAGGCGCUGCAUGGAGAGAGUUAUUUACUGCAGUUUUUCUAGCAGCUGGUCCAAUCCAACCAACAUUUUUUCAGUCCAUGACUGCUGAGAUGAAUCACGUGUGAUUCUGAGGAUUUGUGAGGAGAGCCCAUCAUCAGAAACUGUCGUCUCGCUGCCCCCAUUAAGGCCCAGCUAUAAAGCACCAUGGGAGGUGUUGCGGUGGAUGUUGGCGCACCGGGUGUGAAGGCUCCAGAUGGAGGAUGGGGCUGGGCAGUCCUGGCUGGAUGUUUUGUCAUCACAGGCUUCUCUUAUGCAUUCCCUAAAGCAGUCAGUGUCUUCUUCAAAGAGCUGAUCCGCGAGUUUGAUGUUGGAUACAGUGACACUGCCUGGAUCUCCUCCAUCCUGCUGGCCAUGCUUUAUGGGACAGGUCCUGUGUGCAGCGUGCUGGUGAACCGUUUCGGCUGCCGUCCUGUGAUGAUGGUGGGAGGCCUCUUUGCCUCUUUAGGAAUGAUCCUGGCCUCCUUCUCCACCAGCAUCAUCCACAUCUACCUCUGCACUGGAGUCAUUACAGGUCUUGGAUUAUCGCUGAACUUCCAGCCAUCUCUAAUCAUGCUGAAUCGUUACUUCAGUGAAAAGCGUCCUCUGGCCAAUGGCCUUUCAGCUGCUGGGAGCCCCGUUGCCCUCUGCUGCCUCUCGCCUCUGGGUCAGGUUCUUCAGUACCAGUAUGGAUGGAGGGGAGGCUUCCUCAUUCUUGGUGGGCUUCUACUCAACUGCUGUGUGUGUGGGGCCCUCAUGAAACCUCUGGUUGCUCCCAAGUCCAAGGAGCUGGAAGAGAGACGUGACAAGGAAUUAGACGGGAUAGAGAUAAAGAAGAAGGCCAAGCCAAAACUGUUGGACUUCUCUGUGUUCAAAGAUAGAGGGUUCGUCAUCUACACUGUAGCAGCAUCCAUCAUGGUGCUGGGCUUGUUUGUACCACCUGUGUUUGUUGUGAGCUAUGCUAAGGAGCUGGGAAAUGAGGACACCAAGUCUGCACUGCUGCUCACCAUCCUGGGUUUCAUCGAUAUUUUUGCUCGACCAACCUGUGGUGUGAUUGCCGGACUGAAAUGGGUUCGACCUCGUUGUGUCUACUUCUUCAGUUUUGCAAUGCUCUUCAAUGGAAUCGCUGACCUGAUCGGCUCACAGUCCAAGGACUAUUCAGCUCUGGUAGUUUUCUGCAUCUUCUUUGGCAUCUCCUACGGUAUGGUGGGCGCACUACAGUUUGAGGUCCUAAUGACAAUAGUUGGCACUGAAAAAUUCUCCAGUGCAAUUGGCCUUGUCCUACUAAUGGAGGCCAUUGCUGUGCUGGUGGGACCACCAGGUGCAGGCCGACUUCUUGAUGCCACUAAGAACUACAUGUACGUCUUCCUGCUGGCAGGGUGUGAAGUGGUGGUCUCAGCAGUGGUUCUGGCUACUUGCAACUUUUUGUUUAUCAAGAUAAAGCCCUCUGAACCAGCAGAUACACUUGAGAGCAUAGCACUGACCGAUGAAUGUAAUACUAAGAUGUGUGGUAACAGGGCAGAUGGGAAAGAUGAUGAUGAGAAGGGAGAGAUGGAGGAGCCAGAAAAGGCGACCAAUGAGGAGGAGAAUAAGGACAUUGAGGGAAUAGAUGAUGUCCGACCAAAGAGUGUAACGGUGGACUCACAGGAGGUGGAGAGGUUCUUGAAAGAACCGGAGCCAAAUGGUAACAUGGCUGCUUGUCCUGAAACCUGUCUUUAAGUAGAGAUGGAGGGUGAAGCUGAAAUUGUUCACAAAGCAGCUCAGUGAAAUGUACUAGUUAGCAGCAUACCUGACCCUAAGCUUUGCCCAUAUCUAAAGGUUUGAGCCAUGUGUUUAUGUCUGUCACCCGAAGCAGCUGUCUAAUACUGCUACCACCUAAAUGAUUAACAGUUGUGUUGGCAUCGUCUUUCCUCUUGAUGUUUAAUAGUUUGCUUAAUAGGAAAAACCCAGCGGCUGGUCUGCCAUGUGUUUCUGUCAAAUGUUGGAGCUAUUUUUAUGGAUAACCACCAGCAAAUGGAAUUAAGGGAUAAUUUUGUCAAAAUUCUGCAUUUUAAAAUCAACAAAUCACACGAAAAGAUGAUUGGUACAGAUUAAAUUAAAUACACACACACACUAACCCAUUGAGCAACAAGGUUGAACAAUCUGAUUUGGAUGGAAUUUGAUACAUUAACACAGCGGUGAAGGAGGUUUAAAUGAUCUGAUUUGUGACUAUGUGGCACAUUUAGACCAGACAUUAAGUGAUGUAUUAAGAAAGUAAGGACCACAGACUCAGUGGCUUCUUCAUAAACACAUUAGACAGCAUUACCACCACUUGAUGUAAUUGGAUUAGUCUGUCCAUUUUUCAUAUGUUUAAGGGUCGCUAAUUUUGUCAAGCAAUUUCCUAGCAUGUGGGGCAUACUACUUACGCUUUGGGCCAAUGUUAACUCGAGUGAAUGUGUGAAAACACCCAAAGUGCCUUGAAAAAGUAUUCAUUCCCCUUACACGUUUUCAUUUUCAAAAGCAUGCCAUCAUUUACUAGGCUCUCUUAACUAUUCAUGGCUGCAGAAAGAUUUCAGUAAGCAAAGUUUAAUCUGGAAAAGCACUAGAGGCAUUUAUUCCCCUGACCAGAGCAUCUUUCAAAUAUGUGGUCUGUUCACUACAUGGCUUGGGGCAAGCUUAAAAACAUAACUUUCCAUUUCUU